ACUAUUUCAUCUACAAAGUCAAGUUGGAAAGUUUGAAGUGAAGUGAGUUGGACCCACCAUCAUUCAUUAGGUUUAAGAAAAUAUCUCUCCUGUAACGUUGUAAAUACGGAACCGGCAAAAUGGGUCGUUAUUCAAUGGAGCCAGAUAAUGCCACGAAAUCAUGUAAAGCUCGUGGAUCAAACCUCAGAGUUCAUUUCAAAAAUACCAGAGAGACUGCCCAGGCGAUAAAAAAGAUGUCUCUUCGUAGAGCUCAGCGCUUCUUAAAAAAUGUAAUUGCUAAGAAAGAAAUUGUUCCAUUUCGUCGAUUCAAUGGAGGUGUUGGAAGAAAAGCUCAGGCAAAACAAUGGGGAGCAACUCAAGGAAGGUGGCCAAAGAAAAGUGCUGAAUUCUUACUUCAACUGUUGAGAAAUGCUGAGAGCAAUGCUGAUUAUAAAGGUCUUGAUGUUGAUAGAUUAGUAGUGGAACAUAUUCAAGUAAACAGGGCACCCAAGAUGAGGAGGAGAACUUACAGAGCUCAUGGUCGAAUUAACCCUUACAUGAGCAGUCCCUCUCACAUUGAAGUUAUCUUGAGUGAAAAGGAACAAGUGGUUGCUAAACCUACCGCUGAAGAAGAGGCACCGAAAAAGAAAGUGUCUAAGAAGAAAAUGGCAAGACAAAAGCUUAUGCAAAGAGACUAGAUUGUUCAGUGAAAAAUAAAAUUCAUUAGUGAAAAAGAAAAA